AUGAGUUUCAUCAAUCGCCUCCCGCUCACUCAGAAGUCCUGUUACGACGUGGUGCACCUUGCCCUUACCCAGAACGAUGACGAUAACAUCAUCGACGACGACCUGGCACACAUCUUACCCUGGUGCCCGAACCUCGAGUCAGUGUGCCUCACUGGCGUCCCCGACGUCAGCGAUCGCACCGUCGUACUCCUCGCUCGGGGUACCCCGAAUCUACGCGAGCUCGACCUGUCCGGUUGUACGCUAGUCACAGAUGUAGCGAUCUUGGAGCUAGCAAACAUCGCGACGGAGCUCGAGGAGGUAAGGCUCAAUGGGCUUUCCACCCUCACCGAUCCCUCCGUGUCGGCGCUGGCACGAUCCCUCACCAAUCUCCGGGAGCUCGAGUUAUGCGACCUGCACCUCCUCACUCCGCCAUCGAUCCGAGACAUCUGGACGUUCUCGACGAGAUUGCAGCGUCUAAAGCUCGCCAACUGCGUGCAUCUCACCGACAGGGCGUUCCCUUACGUGCCUGGCGUCCUGCCUGAUCACCCCUCCAGUCUUACAACUUCCCCGCUGGAGGAGCCCCAGUGGACGAAUGGCUCUAGACCACCGACCUGGCUCGAAACCCUCCCCCCUCUCAUCUUUUCCCUGGGACAUAAACUCACGCAUCUGCGAUUUCUCGACAUCAGCAAUUGUCCGCGGCUCACAGACACGGCGGUCGUUGGAAUUGUCAUGCAUGCGCCCAGGAUCCAACAUCUGAAUCUGUCGGCUUGCUCACGACUCACUGACAACUCAGCUGAAGCCGUUUCCACUCUUCAGCACUUGCAUGUACUCGCAUUGUCGUACGUAGAAGGGCUCACGGACAGCGGAGUCGUGAGCAUCGUACGUCAGUGCACGAAGCUCAGGUCUGUGGAUGUAAGCUACUCGUCCAGUCUCACGGAUCUGGCCAUUCUCGAACUGGGGACCCUGCCUCGCCUGCAGCGACUAUCUGCCUCGGGGCUCCCUCGGCUGACCGACAAUGCUCUGCUCUUCCUUGCGGAGCACGCCGAGUCCCUUCAACGCCUCCAUUUUUGUCAGUGUAGGCACAUCACGCUUGACGCGGUUCACGUCCUUUUGCGCAAGCUCAGCGGCCUAAAACACUUCAGCGUGUCUGGUGUCCCUGCGCUCAGGCGAACGGGCAUAGAGCGGUUCUCCGACAAGCCCUCAAGAGACUACGACCCACAAAGGCAGGGUAUCCACCGUGUCUUCAAUGGGGCGAACAUUGUGGCCCUGCGCGAGUUUCUGGACAAGGAGCAGGCGCGACGUCAGCGAGCCGAGCAAGAGAAUAUCAUCUUCGUACCUAAAGCAGAUGAUAGCGAAGCGUUGUACUGA